AUGGCCGCUGCUUCUACGGCUACGUACCCUGAGUGGGAGGAGAUUCCGCCUGCCACACCGUCUCCUUCCGUGCGUAGGCGACCUAUUAUCCCUAUGCCUGACGUUGUACGCCGUCUUUUUGCGCAGUUUCCGUGGUACACAUGGCCUGCGGCGCACGUUGUAGCGUCAAAGGCCGAGGCAGAGCCGUCGCCCACCAACCCAGUUCUCUACAUCACACCCCCUUUGGACAAUGUCAGCUCAUCAUGGGCUAGCGCUGAUCCUGUUUCUUUGCGGUGGCAAAUGGAGUUUUUGCUCCGCGACGUGCCCUUUGAAUGCAAGUCCGUGCACGAUGCAUAUUGGUCGCCCGAGCACGCUACGCCUUUCCUGCAAAUGCCAGAGGCCAUGCAAAAAGCAGAGAAUGGUCGUAUUGUGAUGCCACCGGUGCUUGGCGCUACAUAUCUCCCACAUUUCAUGGACAACUACUACCCAUUGACGCGCCCUGAGUCGAAGGAAAAACCUGUUUGGCCAGGUACCACAGGUAACGAAGCACUUGUUUGGCAAUCCCUUCUAGAAGGUCGAAUUAUGGCGGGUGUCGUAUUGGCCUCGCUGCGCGCUGGUGCAUAUACACCACCACCCGCAUCUGUGCCAUUACUACGUCGCUGGUUCGGUGCCUAUUUACCUGGGGAGCGUACGCCUGAACAGGCUGCUUAUGCGAAGUUGGCACGCCUAAGUACCGCUGGUGCCUCGCCUUCGAGUUUGGCGGCGGUCUAUGGUAGCGAUUAUGUCGCGGAUAUGCGAAACCCACUCACGCUUGUCCCAGGCUACUCUGUUGACUGGGUGGGCUUUGUUAGUGGUACAUCGACGCAUCAAACGACUGACAUGGCUGAUGUGGAUGCUCUGCCGCCUUCGCUACGUCUUGACCAGGCGGCCAUUCUAAGGGAUGCUGCUGAGGCCCUCGAGUCUGUGGCGCAACGCCUAGCGAGCGAUGUGGACGCCUCCACUGGCGAAGGAUGGAUGCUGGGCGCGGCACAGGCCACCUCGUUGGAUGCCCUUCUAUUUGCUAUAUUACACACCCUCGCGUGUCUUCCUAGUACAGUGACGGGACCCUUGACCCCUGUCCUGCAGCGUCAUGCGGUUUUGGACGCAUAUAGGCGACGCCUCCACACGUAUCUGCCAUAG